AUCUUUUCCGGGUCGAAAAAUUAGCACACCUGUGAAUGUGAGCUAGCGGGCCCGAGUCGUUCAUUGAAAACCCCCCGAAGGAAGUACAAUCGGACGUUUAAACACGUACAGUACAGAACAUUCACGUCCGUAGUUCUGUAACCAUAUGACACAGCGAUGCCGGGGCUCAGCUGUCGAUUUUACCAGCACAAGUUCCCAGAGGUGGAGGAUGUUGUGAUGGUGAAUGUGAGGUCCAUCGCCGAGAUGGGCGCGUACGUCAGCCUCUUGGAGUACAACAACAUCGAGGGCAUGAUCCUCCUGAGCGAGCUGUCACGUCGACGUAUCCGCUCCAUCAACAAGCUCAUCCGCAUCGGCCGCAACGAAUGCGUGGUCGUCAUUCGAGUAGACAAAGAGAAGGGAUACAUUGAUUUAUCAAAAAGAAGAGUUUCACCAGAGGAGGCCGUCAAGUGUGAAGAUAAAUAUACCAAAUCCAAAACUGUGUACAGCAUCCUGCGGCACGUUGCGGAGGUGCUGGAAUACACGAAGGACGAGCAGCUCGAGAGCUUCUACCUGCGCUCCGCAUGGAUGUUCGAUGAGAAGUACAAGAGGCCCGGAUACGGAGCCUACGACGUCUUCAAGCAGGCCGUGUCAGAUCCUGCCAUUCUGGAUGGGCUGGACUUAACGGAGGAGGAGAAGUAUGUGCUCAUUGACAACAUCAACAGGCGACUCACUCCACAGGCCGUCAAGAUCCGAGCAGACAUUGAAGUGGCGUGUUACGGCUAUGAGGGCAUUGAUGCUGUGAAGGAAGCGCUGAGGGCCGGGCUGGGCUGCUCCACGGAGGCCAUGCCCAUCAAGAUCAACCUGAUCGCUCCCCCUCGCUACGUGAUGACAACGACUACCCUGGAGCGCACCGAGGGCCUGUCUGUCCUCAACCUGGCCAUGGCGGCUAUCAAGGAGAAGAUUGAGCAGAAGAGAGGUGUCUUUAACAUCCAGAUGGAGCCCAAGGUGGUGACGGACACGGAUGAGACGGAGCUCGCCCGGCAGCUGGAGAGGCUAGAGAGAGAGAACGCCGAGGUGGACGGAGAUGACGACGCAGAGGAGAUGGAGGUCAAAGCGGAGGACUAGUCGGUCCAGGAGGUCUGUCGAUGUGGACAGGCCUGGCCACAGCCCCCCGCCUGACAGAUGUAGACUUUCACAUUGCAAACAUUAACUGGCGUUAAUAGUUCAUUGGCAAACGUCCCGGUUUGUUCUCUCGCAAGGUUUCAGAAGAUGGUUACACAAAAAGCUUUCUUUCUGAGCAGAUAUUGAAGGAAAGGUCAAUUACAAAUUCAACAACAAUAUAAUUUCCUUUUAAUUACAUCAAUUUGAAAAAAUAGCUCCAAAAUAUCAAAAGCCGUUUACUUGCCGUGGCCUUCUUGCUCAAGAGCCCAGUGUCUUCAGGACGCUCUGCGCUUGGCGGGCCGCUGGAUGCAUUUGAUUUGAAGGGGAAGCGCAUCGGCUCGUCAGUUGUGACAUUUGUGUGAUGUGUUUUUUUUCUUCUUCUUCCAGUUAGAGGCACGACCUGCUCUUGUUCAGCUCACACUGCGUCAAUAAAGUUCUGGAAGUUUUGAUCUUAA